AUGUUUUCAAACAUCAGUUCGAAAGUUAAAGGUCGAACACCACUGACAGUGGCCUCUCGACAUGGGUCUGACGUUGUUACCGGAAUUUUGUUAAGAAACCGGAAACUACGUAUAAACGCCCGACACAAAAGAUCAAGCGCCCUUAUCUACGUUGCAUGUAAUGGACACACCAAUAUUGUUGCCAACCUGCUUCGACAUGAUGAUAUAAAUGUGAAUCUUCCCGAUACCGCGGAACGGACAGCGUUGUGGCAUGCCACUUACAGAGGCCCCGUGGAAGUAGAGCGACAACUGCUACAUUUUGGAGCCAACGGCCUCACAGCUGAUGAAAAUGGGUUGACGCCUUUCAAAGAGGCAGUGUUUCAAGCCAAAAAACCAACUGCGGGCCAACUGGCGUAUCUAGAGCAUGCCCAACGAGACUGGAUUGGAAGGGCAGGAUUUGGCAAUCUUUCACCACCACUGUGCUGGGCUGCUCAAUACGGCGCCAUUGAUUUUGUCCAUUAUCUAUUGGUUGAGCACGCAGAUGUCAAUGAGACGAACAUUGGAGGUUUUGUCUCAGCACAGUGGAAACAGGAAGAAACGGCUCUUUUACUCCUUGAACAGCAAGGUGUCAACGUUCAGUUGCAAGAUAACGAUGGAAGAACUGCACUCCAUUAUGCUGCUAUGAAUGAUCUGUAUGAUGUAGCCAAAAAAGUUCUCGUUGACGGCCGUCUAGAGUUGAACUCUCAAGACAAGUAUGGCAACACGUCGCUAUGGUGGGCGUCUCGGAUGGGUUCAUAUAGGGUCAGAAAUCUGCUUCUAGCCCAGAGUGGCAUUCACCCCAAUCCACUUGGUAUGGACCCGGACAGCGGUAGGGUUACGACUGCCUUCCAGAAUGUAGCAGAGAGCAAGAACAGCCUGGCUGUGCAUUUGAUUCAAACUGAAGACGACUUCGGUCAAGGCUCACGGAUCACUUGUAUUUUCUUGUCUCGCACGAUAGUGAACGCUUAG